AUGAAAUCGUGGGAUGGUGAUAAACUCAACGUGACCGACUUUAUGGACAAAUGGAUCAAACAAAUGGGUUAUCCUGUUGUCGAGAUGUACCGUAUCGAUGAUCACACGAUAGAACUAACCCAGAGGCGUUUCAAGCUUGAUCAUCUCACACCAGAGAAAGCAAAAUACCGUAACGCACAGUACUGGUAUAAAUGGGAUGUACCAAUUUUCUACGAGUUGAAUGGGAAUCCGCAGAGCAUGCUUUGGCUCCAUGAAGCUAUUCGUCUUCCUCUCAACAAUUCUGACACCAUUCUCAUCAACACCGAAUCUCUUGGGUUCUAUCGAGUCAACUAUGAUGAGGAAGGCUGGGCUAGAAUUGCUCGUCAACUGGACGUCGAUCACACGGUA